AUGGCUACCAAAAUGAAGGUUUUCAAGAAGUCAAGUGGCGAUAGGACGCAGAAGGAGCCAGCUGCAACACGAAAAGCACAAUCUCCUGCUCAAGCACAAGUAUCGGCACAAACGACUCAACCCGUCGCCGCGGCUGUACCGUCAGCCAUGGGAUUCGAAAGCUUUGCGGAGGCUAAGCAAGCGGCAGCCACCCGCGUGAUUCUCCACAACUAUACUCCCCCAGUCAACGACUCUAGCUUACCUAAGGAUGACGAUGAUGCAACCCGCAAGGUCUACAUUCGUCGAAUGUACGACGCCUACGUCGACAUAACCCAAUGCAUCGACCGCGCCACCGUUGCCAACUUCGAUUCGCACUUCGCCACUCUCUCAUCUAAUCCGCCUACGUCCCCUAUCACACCUGUCAUGAUCUCUACCAUCUGUUGGCAUCUACUCACCAUCGCUAUCGAUCUUCAUACUCGCGGUCCUGUGUCUCUCAACAUCUAUGACCCAUCAAAGCUCAAGAACGUGUACACGUACCGGAACUUGACGUUCAAAGCGCGUAUCGACGCGGUGUGUGAGCUGUUGAAGACGAGCAAGGCUAGAUGUGCGAGUCUAAUUAAACUUGAUGGUUUGGAGAUGGUUGUUGCGAAUGCGCCCAUGUUGUGUAGACAAACGAAGACUAAUCAUUAUUCGAAUGGCCAUAGACAAGGUUACCUGGCUACUGGGAAUGAUGCUGUCGCUGGCAAGAAGAGAGAUGCUUCGGAGAUGGACAGCGAUGAAGCGGAGAAGACUGAUGCUCGCGAGUCGGACGAGUAG